AUGCCGGGGGUCGGGCGGGGCGGGGGCCUGCCGAACGGAGCGGCCCCGGCCGUUCCCCGCGCGCCGGCGCCGGUUGGCAGCCGUUACCCCGCCGGCGGCCGUGCUCCCUCCCGCGCCAUGAGCAAAGACGGGGCCUCGGGGGCCGCGCCCGCGGGCGCCCCCCGCCUGCCCCCCCGCCAAGCCGCCACGGCCCCGGCCGCGCCCCCGGGCCCCGCGCCCCCGCCGCCGCCGCCCGCGCACGAGGAGCACCGGCGGGAGCUGGAGGCCCUGCGGGCCGAGCUGGAGGGCGAGCGGCUGCGCUCGCAGGAGGCGCGGCGGCGCUUCGGGCUGGAGGCGCGCGAGCUGCGCGAGGCGGCCGAGCGCGAGCGGCAGCUGCUGGCCGACCAGCUGCGCUCCAAGUGGGAGCAGCAGCGCGCGCGGGAGCUGCACCAGCUGCGCGAGGACGGACGGCGGCAGCGCGAGGCCGAGAUCCGGCAGCUGCUGCGCUGGAAGGAGGCGGAGCUGCGCGAGGCGCAGGAGCUGCUGCAGCGCGAGCGCGACGCCGCCAUGCGCCAGGCGCGCGACCUGCAGCGCCAGCUGGCCGAGGAGCUGGUCAGCCGCGGCGGGCGGGCCGGGGCCGGCGCGGGACUGAGCGGCGAGGGCCGCGCCAGGCUGCAGGAGGUGCUGGGCAAGCUGCGCUGGGAGGUGGACGGAGAGCAGGCGGCGCGCAUCCGCCACCUCAAGGCCGAGCUGGAGCUGGAGCGCAGCCUCUUCCUCAAGUACAUCCUCGAGCGCUUCGAGGGCGCGCUCCCGCCGCCCGCCGGCCCGCCCCGCGCGCGCCCGCCGGCCGCCGCCCCGCCGGCCCCGGGCAGCGGCCCCAAGCCGGACAAGCGCAGGCCGCGCUCCCUGGAGAGCCUCUACGCCCGGCCGGAGAGUGCCGCCCGCAAGGCCCGCUCCCUGCACGGGCACGUGAAGCCCGCCGGCCCGAGCCAGCCCUCCUCGGACGCCCGGGGGAGCCCCCAGGGGGCCAGCCAGGACCCGGAGCAGCCCCCCUCCGCCUCACCCCCGGGAACCCCGGAGGCCGUGGAAGAUGGAGCCCAGCCGGAGGUGCCUCUGGGCAAGAACCAAGUUGGCCCUCCUGGGGAAGAAGCUGCCACCGGGCCAGAAGCUGAGCAGCAGCAGCAGCAGCAGCAGCAGCGCCUGGAGCCCAGCUGGCUGACGGGGAGCCACUACCAGCAACUGGAGAUGCAGAACAUGGACCUGGUGAAGGCCCUGGCAGACCUGGAGCAGCGCUGCACUCGGCUCAAGGAUGAGAACGUCCUGCUGAGGAAAAACAGCUUCCCGGAGAUGCAGGAGAAGGUGAAGCAGCUGAAGCGGAAGAAUGGCCAGCUGGCCAGCAUCGCCAAGCGGCUGGAGGAAUGGGCCCGGAAGCUUCGAGAAUCGAGCCUCCAAGCGGCUGGGACCUCUGUCCCCUUAGCUUGGAAUCGCUUGGAGGUGGACCUGUCGAGGACCAUGCUUGCUCGGCAGCAGGAGAAGCACCUGGGUGGAGAAGCCAGUGUCCUGAUCACCAAGGAUCAGCAGCUACAAGCCUUGCAGGAGGACUGUUCGGAGCUGCAGAGCAGAUUCUCUGCAGAUGAAGAGAACAGCUCUUUAGACAGCUUGUUGAGACAGUCCCAGAGGGAAGUCCUCCAGUUGCAAAGGCAGAUCAUGCUGAAGACCCUGAGUGAAUCCCUCCAGCACUCCAAACUCAACACCGAGGUGGCUUCUCCAGAGGCUGCUACCCAGGAAACUUCUCCCACUCCAGCUGGAGGCUCAGAGAAGCCACCUUCCCCAAAGGAGGCUCCAGAACGGUUGAUCCAAGACGUCAGGUCGGAAGCCCCGACCUUGGGAAACGGAGCUGAGGACGCCAGAGGCCACCAUCCGGAAACAGAUGUUGAUGACGGCAGCGGCGACCCUCCCUUGCAGGUCUUGAAGGAACAGCUGGCUGAAAGGCUCAGGCAGUGUGAACUCCUUCAGUGCGAAGUGCAGGAAAAAAAGAAGACGAGCGAUUAUUUGGAAGGGCGGCUGAAGCAAGUGCUGAGUGAAAAUGCCCGAAUUGCUCGGGAGAACGCGGAACUCCACGAGAAGAGCCGGGGGGCUGAGAACAUCAGAGACGAAAAUGCGGAGAUAAGGCUGAAACUAAUUCAGGCCGCCGAAGACCGCAACUCCGCCGUUCAGUGGAGUAAGAGGCUGGAGGACAAAGUGGAGAACUUAGAACAGGUGCUGAAGAGCAUGAAGGAGACUGAAGAAAGGCAGCGCCAGUUAGAAUCCGAGCACAAGGAAACCUUGCUUGUCCUGCGAAGGAAAGAGGAGGAAAUAAAGCAUCUGGAGCAAAUGCAGACAGGAAUCAAAAGAGAGCACCGAGAAGCCACGCAGAUCCUUGAAGCUCAGGUGGGAGAGCUGGAGACAAAGUACCGCAGUCGGGCCAAGCACUUCAAUCUCUUGUUGCAGGAACUUGAGCGCCUGCAAAUCCAAGAACCUGGACUCUCGAAGUCCCUGUUGCCGCCUGCCCCACACCACUCCCAAGCAGUCAUUGCUUCCGAGAAACGGGAGCCGGACACCCAGCCCGGCUUCCGCCACGGUCAAACCUCCAGCGAUAAAAACGGCAUUGCCCUAAACUGGGCUGGCCUGCCGAGAAAUAGUGACGGACUACAAUCUCUGCCGGACUCCUCGUCCGGACUGCCGCUGAUGAAGGACAGCUUGAAGCGGUGCCCCAGGGAGGAAGAUACAGAAGAAGGACCAGAAACAGAUGAGGUUCCUCCAAAUUUUCCAGAAGAGAAUCAAGGUCCUUCCAACCUCCGCGUCUUUUUAGUACGGCACAGUUACUACCCUUUUCGAGGGCCGAACAAGAACCCCGAGGCCGAGCUGCCCCUCACAGCUGGAGAAUACGUCUACGUCUGCGGCGAAACGGAUGCGGACGGCUUCUACGAAGGAGAAUUGAUGGACGGCAGAAGAGGGCUGAUACCUUCAAACCUGGUGGAAGAAGUUUCAGCUAAUGAUCUGAUGAGUUUUGCUCCUUCGGAGCCCAGUGAUAUUUGCUACAACCCGAACCACGAAAGAGGAUUCUCUUGCCAUAGUGCCAGCAGCGAAGAGAGGAGUGACAGCCCUGAUGGAGAUACAUGUGUUCAUCCCCUGUCGAUCAGACCGAAGGAUGGGUUGUGGGAUCACCCGCGAGUAGUCCCUUACCCCCAGAAUCUGACUCUCAUCAAGCAGUCCUCAACAUCCAUCACCAUUGGUUGGGAUCCACCAAGUAUGCAAAGUCACUGGAGAAAAAUCCAUAGCUAUAAUAUUUACAUCAACGCAGAUUUAUUCCAGAACGUGAAGCACGGUCGUCAGAUGAAAGCAACGAUUGAGAAUCUGGAUUUAAAGCUGCGUCCUUACCGGAUUUCAGUACAGAGUGUGACGGGUGUCGGAAACUCCGAUAGCAAGCAAUGCACUUUCCUCGUAGGGACUGGUGCUGUCAUUGCACCCACCCUCCUGAGACUUCAGAAGGUCACUGCAACAUCAGCAGAAAUCACCUGGUUGCCAAGCAACAGUAACCACACCCAUGUGGUGUACCUUAAUGAGAAGGAACAUGAUGAAACAGAGACGGGAGUCUACUGGUAUGUUUUCCAAACCCUGACACCUGGCAGCCUGUACUGUAUAAGAGUAGAAGCGCAAGUCCUUCGUGAAACACCCCUUUUUCCUCAAGAGAAUUUGGAGCAGACAUCAGCAGCAGUUACUUUUAUGACUCCAUCCGCAGGACCUCCUGAUGCCCCUCUUGAUGUCCAGGUGCAACCUAGUUCUUCCGAAGAGUUUUUCAUUGUGAGCUGGUUACCAGUAACAAUUGACGCAGUUGGGUCAUCCAAUGGAGUCCAAGUGAGCGGCUAUGCUGUUUAUAUCAAUGGGCAGAAAGUAACUGAAGUAAUGUCGGCAACAGCCGGAAGUGUGUCGUUAGCACCAUCUCAGUUAGGUCUGUUUGAUGGGUCUUGGAAAGUUUCAGUGAGAACAUUGUCUCCCGUUGGAGAAUCUGAGGAUUCUGUCCCAGCUUUAAUCCCACCCUUCCUGUUGAAAGCUCCUCCUUUAUUGCCAAGGUCUGUGGCUUCCAACCAGAUCCCUGACUUGAAUUUCCAAGAAUUCUUACAGUAUGAAGAUGGGCAUCUCUCUACAAAAAACAAUGCCCCUCCCUCCAUUUUGUCCCAUAAAUCCAUGACCAGUGCCGAUCCCAAUUUCAUCAUUCAUUUCACUUCCAGCUGCAGAGAGUCCACGUCUACACCCUUGGAUAUUUUUCAGAAUCGCUUGCCCACUUCAACACUGGCAUCUUCUCCAAAUGCACCAAAUGAAAAUAGGGGUGGUUCCAGCCAACAUUCCUCGGUUGGGAAACCAUCUUCAGGACACGUUUGUCCUCUGCUGAGCUGUGAAGAGCCAGCCAGUUCCACGCCAACAGCAUUAAAAGUAUUGCCUAGAGAAACUCAACUGAGUCUUCUCAAAAAAGAAAAGUUAGAAGAAUACUCUGUAACUAAACAAGUUGUGUCUAGAAUUCACCCAGACCACCGCAAUAUCAAGAUGUACACAAUGACCCAUUAUGCCAGUAUGACUCCAGAAGUAUCAUCUCAUCAACCAAGUUUCGACUAUCCUGGUUCAAGCUGCUUGAAUCCUGAGUCCUCUGUUGAGUUCGAAGUGAAGAACUGCAGUUACAGAAAUGUAGGCACAUAUAAUGUCUGUUUUCAGAUAGAACCCUAUAGUUAUUUUGAGAAAAAUCACAUGGGGGAGAUGGAACACUUUUGUAAAGAAUUCUCCAACUUAAGUGUGUCCCAAGCUAAAAGAGGACAGCAGCAAAUCUCAAAAACUGAAAGUCCACAGAUCCAUCCUGGUGACCACAAUCAUGUCUCUGAUCUUUCAGAUGCUCAGGAAGAAAAGAACAAAGGACACAGAAUGAACCUUUUGGGUCAAGAGAAUUCUAGAUCAUAUCCAAGGCCAGUAUCUCCUGUAGAUUUGGCAAAUGAUAGAAUUACCACUGUGGAUUUGCAAGCUGAGCAACCAAUAUCUUCAGCACCUAAUUCAGGUUCUCUGAGAAGCUUAAACUUAGGGAUUCGAGUUAGUGAUGGUCCAGUGAGAUUAUUUGUGGCUCUUUUUGACUAUGACCCCAUAACCAUUUCCCCUAGUUCUGAUGGAGUGGAGAUAGAGCUAGCCUUUAAAAAGGGACAGAUUCUAAAGGUGAUUGGUGACAAGGAUGUGCAUGGUUUUUACAGAGCUGAAUGUGAAGGAAAGGAAGGGUACAUUCCAUGCAAUUUGGUAUCUGAAAUAUAUAUUGAGAGCAAAGAAGUAAAAGAAGAGCUGUUAAAGACAAGUUACAUUAAGGAUGAAAACUUAUGAACAGGAUCUACCUCCCAGAUUGUGGAAUCCGCUGCUGGGAUAGAAGCCAUAUUAGAAAGGUUUGGAUGCUGCAUUUUAAAUAUAUCUUUCAUAAUAUUUAUACUAAAACACCUU